GCCAAGGAUUUGGAGAAACGAAACCGAAAGCUGGUGUUUGCCUACUCCUCACUCUCCAUUUCUCUCUACAUUGCAUUGCUCUCCACUUUCUGUCACUUCCUAUACACACAUUCUUCCUAACUGGUAGCUUUAUUCUGCACCAUGAACCAGGACCAGGAGAAGAAAACCAUCGAAUGUUUCAGAAACCGACUGAAACAGCUGAUUCGGGUCGGGCCUGUUCUGGAUGUCUUACACUUCUUAAGCCAUGAGCAAAAGGAGCUGAUUAAAGCCAAACUUCGGAACGAAGGAGAAAUAAUAGCAGCCGAUCUUCUCCUCGAGGAAAUUAUAAGUAAAACGUAUCCAGAUGGCUGGUUCAGGGAACUUUUAACUGCACUUGAAACGGUAGGAUGUAAACAAGCAGCCAACUACAUGGAAAGCAAUCCUCCCAGUCCGUCCAUGGAGGCUGAGAAUGACAACUGCAUCAAGCUUAUAGACUUGCUAAGGCUCACUCUAACCCAAAUGAAGACCCGUGAUGUGUGUGACUGCUGUUAUGAGCGGAAUAUUCUUACCGACGAUGACCGUGAAACUAUUUUAGCAGUGACAGACCAGCAGGGAAACAAGGCCGGGGCCCGUGUGCUGUUGUCUCGACUGUCAAAGAAUGAGUUUGGCUGGUUCUCUCAGUUCCUGGAUGCUUUAGAAAAGACAGAACACAUCUGGCUGGUGAAGGAAUUACGGGGAGACCCUGAUGAGCCCAAAUCAUCAGCUGAUGUUGAUAAACCACAGUCUUUAAAGGAUGAAAGUGAACUGGCUACAAAGAUGGAGGACGUGACUUUGGAUAACACUUCUACUAGAUCUCUCUCUCCCCCACCCAAUUUGCCCUCUGGCUCCUCUGUUAAGGCUGCAGAUCUUGACAGCAGUAUGGAUUGCAGUGGCUUCCUUUCCUGCAUGGACUCAUCAGCUGAGUUUAGUAUCGGAGGCACAGAUUUGGACCUGUAUGAAGGCAGUGAUGAGGAAAUAAAGAGAUACCAAGCAACAGAGAGUUUGGAUCAAUCAGUGAACGAGAAAGAGAUUGUGCUACGUGAUUAUCAAGCGGAUGUCGCUAAGCCAGCUCUGGAGGGAAAGAACAUCAUCGUCUGUCUCCCGACAGGAAGUGGUAAAACCAGAGUCGCAGUAUACAUCACCAAACAGCAUCUGGAGAAUAGAAAGCUGAAAGGACAGCCAGCAAAAGUUGUUGUUCUUGUUAACAAGGUGCCCCUGGUGGAGCAGCAUUACAAAGCAGAGUUUGGGAAGUUUCUGAGGGACCAGUACUCUGUAGAGAGAGUGAGUGGAGACUCGCAGCUGAAAAUCUCCUUCCCCCAAGUGGUUGAGAAGAAUGACAUCAUCAUCUGCACUGCCCAAAUCCUGGAAAACUCUUUAGCUAAAGCCAAACAGGGUGACGAGGACGGGAUCACAUUAUCACAAUUCACUUUGAUGGUAAUUGAUGAGUGCCACCACACACAAAAGGGUGAGGCAUACAACCACAUCAUGAUCCGCUACCUGAAACAGAAGCACAAGAAUGCUUUGCUGCAAAAGCAACAGAAAGAUCAAGUGCCGCUGCCACAGAUCCUCGGCCUCACCGCUUCACCCGGAGUUGGAGGAGCCAAGACUCAGCAGAAUGCUGAGGCACACAUUCUCAGAAUUUGUGCAAACCUGGACGCCUAUACAAUAAAGACCAAAACUCUCGGAGAAGAGCCCAAGGGUCCAUACAAACGAAUCGCGAGUGCUCAGGAAAGAAAAGAGGAUCCCUUCGGAGAUGUAAUAAAAGGAAUCAUGAAUGGGAUCCACACACAUGCCAAACUGAACCCACUGUGCCAGCCAGGCACACAGAAUUAUGAGCAGUGGGUGGUGCAAACAGAGCAGAAUGCUGCUAAAGAAGGCAAUCAGACAGUCCGGGUUUGUGCAGAGCAUCUGCGUCAGUACAAUGAGGCUCUCUACCAGAGCAACACCAUCCGUAUGUGUGAUGCCUUCAGCUUCCUCGACAAAUACUACAGUGAAGAGAUCAAGAAGAAAGCUUCCCCUGAUGAUGAUGACACCAUUCAGAUCACUGACACUGAACGAUUUCUCUUCAAUUUAUUUAACGCUAAAAAAGACCGUCUUCAGGAGCUGAUGAAAAACCCACAAUAUGAGAAUAACAGUCUGGCUCAGCUGAGGACACUCAUCUUGGAGGAGUACACCACCAGAACUGAAGCCAGAGGCAUUAUCUUCACAAAGACUCGCCGCAGUGCCAUUGCUCUCUGCCAGUGGAUUCAGGAGAACUCAAAGUUUGCGGAAGUCGGCGUCAGAGCAAGUCACCUGAUUGGUGGAGGAGAUCAGAGUGUGGUGAAACCGAUGACCGCACCAGAACAGAGGGAGGUGCUGAGCAAGUUUCGUGAAGGAGUAAUCAAUAUGCUGAUAGCCACCACUGUCGCAGAAGAGGGCCUUGAUAUUAAGGAGUGUAAUUUUGUCUUUCGGUACUGUUUGGUGACCAAUGAAAUCGCUAUGAUUCAGGCUCGAGGCAGAGGAAGAGCAGAAGACAGCAGUUACACAGUGGUGGAGGAGGCAGGAUCGGGUGUAGCAGAAAGGGAAAGUGUGAAUGAAUACAGGGAGAAAAUGAUGAACAAAGCGAUCACCAGGGUGUGCAAUCUGAGCCGUGAAGAGUAUGAAAAAAAAAUAACAGACUACCAGCUGCAGACAAUCAUGGAGGAGAUUGUGAAGAUGAAGAAGAAGGAUAAAAAGGGAAUGAUGAAGGAGGACCCCAGCAAAGUAAAGCUUAACUGUAGAGACUGUGGUGUACUUGUGUGCUCUGGAGAAGAUAUUGAAAUCAUUGAAAGGAUGCACCAUGUCAAUGUGAAUGAAGCAUUCAGAGAGCUGUUUACUGUCAGAGAGAACACUGCCCUGCAGGAGAGACUUCUGGACUAUGAGGCAAAUGGAGUUAUAGCUUGUAAAAACUGUGGGCAGCGUUGGGGCUCCAUGAUGCUUUAUAAAAGCAUUGAAUGUCCAUGCCUUCACAUCAAAAACUUUGUGGUGAAAUACAACUCAAAGAAAAAGGUGUUCAGCAAAUGGAAUGAGCUGGCCAUCAGAUUUCCUGCAUUUGACUACGCUCACUAUGUCCGUACACACUCAUACGAUGACACAGAGCUGGACUAAUUCAGCAAACAAAAAGCAAACCAGAGAUCAUCUCACUGUACCUACUAACAGCUAGCUGUGAACACAUGGUACUGUGCAUUGUGGCAAUGAAAUUAUGUUGAAGUAAGUUGUUAGAAAUAUUUUGUUAUUGUUAUAAGAUAUAUUGUUAGUAUCCCAUUAACACCAUAAAAAAAUGAGUAUACUCAAUCAUUUACACUGGAAUGUGGGGUGUGAAAACUGUCUCUUUUAAUUCCUUUUCUUUUUAAUUCUGGAUGAUAAAUGUCAACAUUUUAUUUGUUUUACAAAUCUGGUGACUCAUCAGUGAUAUUCCAUAUUGCACCUUUUGCCUAAAGGAAGGGUCAAAGAUACCGAUCCUUAUCUCUUUUAGAUGUAUAUUUUGUUUACAUUUCUAAUGAACAGUCUUAGAUUUUAAAGCUAGGAGAUGUUUAAUUUCUUUUGCCUUCUUGUGGAGCCCUAUAUUUUCGCACUGGAAUUGCCACGUAGAUCAUUUUAAGGUUACUAUUAUUUAUGUGUUUGGUUUUACAGAAACAAAUACUAAAGCCAAUGAUUUUAUUUAGAUAUUUCUGUAAGAAUGUCAUUAUUAUAAUGAUUAUGCUAUGGAUAGAAUUUAGACAUUUUUAAUUUCAUAUGAAUUGGCCAGUUUCACUAAAAGCUAAAAAAAAAAAAAUCUAAAGACCCAUGUUCUGUUUUCUUGAAGAAUUCUUAAUCAUUUGGAAUAUUUUUCCCGUAAUACUUAGGUGAAUUAAAUAUUUAUCACUAUAAGCUCCUAAUGAAUUUAAUUACAAUUUGAAAGAUUUUAUUUCAUCAACUGAAAGCAAUUGAAGCUUGGCGGAGCAAGCCAUUAUAACUAGCCCAGGUAUGUUUUAUGUUUUUUUUUGUUUGUUUUGUUUUUUUUUAAUGCAGUGCACUGACUUAAACAUUACAAUGUACUUCUUAAGUGAAGGAAACAUUUUAUUCCCACUAAAAAUAAAUAAAUGUCUGAUGUGUCA